AUGAAGCGUAAGGCAGACCGUCAGCCGGGAUCCAAGAAGCCGCUCUCGAAACGCUCAAAGACUACUCUCACGGACGAGGAGGCCAGAGCCAGGUUCCGCAAGGGCUUGUUCGACCAAGAUGUGCUGGAUACGUAUACCACGGAAUACUCAGAGUCCUUCCCCUACAAGCACAGCGUCAUCAGCGGCCUGAUCGACGACUCCUUACUACGCAACGUCCGCCGCGAGAUCAGGGACAAUGUCAGUUUCACACCCAAAGAGACCGACAUAUACAAAAUCCACCAGUCAGGAGACCUGGCCAACCUGGACGGCCUGGAUGACGAGGCUCUCGCCAAGCUCCCCAGCCUCCUGGCCCUUCGCGAUGCUAUCUACUCCCAGGCCUUUCGAGAUUAUGUCUCCCACAUUACUGGCUGCGGAGCUCUGAGCGGCCGUAAGACCGAUAUGGCCAUCAAUGUGUACACGCCCGGUUGCUACCUCCUCUGCCACGACGACGUCAUUGGCAGCCGGAAAGUCAGUUACAUCCUUUAUUUGACUGACCCGGACAAGCCAUGGCAGCCCGAGUGGGGUGGUGCCCUGCGCCUCUUCCCCGUUCUCGAUCGUAAGGGCAAGGAUGGUGCCGUUGCCAAGACCCCAGGGCCUGAUGUCGUCAAGGUCAUUCCGCCCGCGUGGAACCAGCUCAGCUUCUUCGCUGUCCAGCCGGGCGAGAGCUUCCACGACGUCGAAGAGGUCUACCACGCAGGAACAAAGGAGCAGCUGGAGGCAGACGGCGGGCGUGUCCGCAUGGCCGUUAGUGGGUGGUUCCAUAUCCCACAGGCCGGUGAGGAUGGCUAUGUCGAGGGUGCAGAGGAGGCUCAGGUCAAGAACAGUGGCCUGAUGCAGCUUCAGGGCAACCCGGACCAGCACGACGAGCCUCAGGCCAGCACCGUCCGCGUCGAGCAUCCAAAGUCAUUCGAGGACUUCGAGGAGGCCGACGUCGAGUUUCUGCUCAAGUAUCUCGCCCCGACCUACCUGACACCGGACACUCUCGAGCAGAUGCAGGAGCACUUUGACGAAAACUCAUCCAUCACCGUGUCUAAUAUCCUCAAUCGCAAGUUUUCAGCGAGGCUCCGAGACUACAUUGCCAAGAAAGAUGCGGGCGUGCUGCCAGAAAAGAGCGGGCAGAUUGAGGCGGAGACAGCGUGGAAGGUCGCAAAGCCCCCACACAAACAUCGCUUCCUGUACCUCCAACCUGGGCAGAAACACGAGGAGGAGUCGCCAAUAAAGGAGCUCAUCGAAGACCUUCUCCCUAGCCCACAGUUCAGGGCGUGGCUGGCCACCGCAACGGACUGUGUCAUCGAAAGCCACGAUGUACUCGCCCGUCGCUUCCGCCGAGGUCUGGACUACACGCUGGCAACUGGCUAUGAAGGCAAGCCGCGUCUUGAGUUGAAUCUAGGUCUCACUACGACUCCAGGCUGGGGCGAUGACGAGGAGGAGGGUGAAGAAAGUGAGGGGGGUGCCACUGUCGAGCAAAAUGGCAAGACAGACGGGACCAACGGGAGCCAAUCCAAGUCCAAAUCGAAGCGUAAGAGCAAGAGCAGAGCGUUGGACAGGGAAGAGAAGGAGAAACAAGAGCCAGAAGAGGUCGGAGGUCAUGAGGUGUACAUGGCUGGUGACGACGGAGAUGAUGAGGAUGCUGCAAUCUACAAAUCUUCGGCUGACGACGACAACAUCCUGUUUUUCCAGGCCGCAGCCUGGAACAAGUUGACUAUCGUGCUGAGGGAUAGUGGCACAUUGCGUUUCGUGAAGUAUGUGAGCAAAAAAGCCAAGGGGGACCGUUGGGACAUAUCAGCUACAUUUGACAUCGAGGAGCAUGAGGACGAAGACGAGGACGGCGAAGGUGAGGAAGCAAAUGGAGUCAAUCUGGAAGAAGACACUGAGGAGGAGUUUCAAGGCUUCUCAGACGAUGGGAACGACUCGGAUUCCGAUUAA